AUGAUUGAGCCUGCCAAGACACUUUUAGUCCCUCAUUUGGGCGGCAUCCAUGUAUGCCAUCGACUUUCUGCGCCUGUCCUUGAUCCAACGAAGCCGACCCUGAUCCUAUUCAACCCAUUCACCACUACCGCGGAUUAUUACCUGCCCCAAUUCGAGGAUAAAGCUCUCACAGAUGCGCUGAACUUAGUCGCCAUUGAGCCCCUCGGGCAUGGAAUGACCCAGCCCAAGAAGACAGAAUCCUUCACCUACUGGGACUCUGCAAUCAUGAGCCUACAACUGCUCGAUGCUCUCGGAAUUGACAAAGUCUUCACCUCAGGGACCUCGCAGGGCGGGUGGAUUGCCACGAGAAUGGCUUUGCUAGCACCUGACAGGGUCAAAGGGAUCAUCCCUAUUGGAAGCAGCAUGGACUCUGAAUCGCCUCAGAGCCGAGACCUCGGAUGCUGGGACGGGCCAGAUGCCUGCUCUGGCUUGGUCGGUAUCGCAGGGGACCCGGCGCCAGCUCAUGACUUUGAGCCUGAAGACGGUUACUGUGAUUUUCUGAUGAAGAUUGGUUACGGUGCGGCCGUCACUCCAGAGAUCCGGGAGUUCUGGGCCACCAGCCUUAAAAAGAACUACAGUGGAGAUGAAGGAAAGAAGCGGAUCUGCAUGGCCGCUGUGAGCCUUGCAGAGAGGGAUGGGCUGAGAGGGCGUCUUCCCUACAUCAGGUGCCCUGUUCUCUGGUUCCAGGGAACCGACGAUGUGGUAUUUAGUGUGCGCCAGGCUGAGGAGGAUAUCAAGCUUUUUACCAACUCUGCUGAAGCUAAGCUUGUCACAUGUAAGGGAGGAGUCCAUUUUCUAGGGUCUACGCAUGGAGAAAAGAUUCAGCGCGAGCUCCUUGAAUUUAUCUCUAAGUGGAGCAAAGGGAGAAAGUCUGUACUUUAA